UGUGCUGCGUAGUGCUUAUCACGGCCCUUAUCAAACUGUUUCGUCGACCUUUUCCAGACGAUGCCUGUCUUACUCCAGACGGACAGACCGGAAUUUGUAUCUCGUAUGUAAACUGUGAUGUCAUUGUCCGCUUGCUGGUUCAAAACUCGCAGGUGCGUGACCCCAAUAUCGAGAGUUACGUCCAGCAAAGUCUUUGUGGAAAUCGCGACCUACAAAUGGUUUGUUGUCCUGCACUACGAUUCUCAGCGCAAAUACCGGCCCCAACUACCACUGCCCCAACUACCUCAGGAUCAUUUUUCUACUUUUCGAGUGCACCAUCCGGUACUACCGCCGGUUCCAUCAACACUAUUCCAACUACAACAUUUGCUCCGCUGGCGGGGCAGUACCGUCUUCCGACCAACUCGCUGGACCGCUGCGGAAUGUCCAACGCAUCCCAUGCCCGCGUCGUUGGCGGAAUGGACGCCCAACUUGGCGCUUGGCCGUGGAUGGCCGCUUUAGGCUAUCGAUCUAGUAACUUCGACCUUACUACGGGUCCAAAAUUUCUGUGCGGUGGCACCCUGAUCACCGCCAAACACGUGGUCACAGCCGCCCAUUGCAUACAGAAUCUGCUCUACUUUGUACGACUGGGCGAGUACGAUAUCGCAUCAACGAACGACGGCGCCAACCCCGUUGAUAUCUACGUAGAAAAAACAAUCAUCCACGAGCAGUAUAACGAGAAAACCAUACAGAACGACAUAGCUAUGAUCUGGCUGCAGCAGACUGCACCACUCUCGGACAUGAUCAAGCCGAUCUGUUUGCCGGUCGAGGAGGCAAUCCGUUCGCGUGACCUAACCUAUUACUCACCGUUUGUGGCCGGUUGGGGAACGACCUCGUACCGGGGACCCACGGCCAACCGUCUGCAGGAGGUGCAGGUGAUAGUGCUGCCCACGGAUCAGUGUGCGUUCAACUAUAAGCUCUACUUCCCGGAUCAGGUGUUUGACGAUAAGGUGCUGUGCGCCGGGUCCCAAGGCGGAAAGGAUUCCUGCCAGGGUGACAGCGGUGGUCCGUUGAUGUUGCCACAGCUCGCGGCCAACGGUCAGUACUACUACUACAACUUAAUCGGGAUAGUUUCGUACGGCUACGAAUGUGCCAAACCGGGCUUUCCAGGUGUGUACGUCAAGGUCGGUGCGUUCAUACCGUGGAUUCAAUCGAAAUUGAAUGUAUAAUGAGGAAGAUGUCAACUCGACGUCGUGAUGUCCGAGCGGAUGAGUAAUUCUGUAGCAGUCUAGAACAAAUCAAAGACUUCAAGUGAACUGUCAGCGAGCUACUUGUGUACUUUUAAUUCUGAAUGACUUCACUUUUUUUCACGGAUCUAAAAUAAAGAAUACUGUUUUUUUAAUCUUU